AUGUUUGGAAGCAACGGAUGGCGCGCUUUUGCGCUGUCCUUGGCCCUUGCGCCCACUGCAUUGGCGGCCGAUAUCUGCAAGACUCUCAAGGCCGGCGGCGUUGAGAUUCAAUCCCCUCUUUCAUUGAGCUAUACAUCCGAGCUGAGGAAUUAUUGGUCCACAGCAUGCGGCGAUCUCAAGCCGAAUUGCAUUGCAGCCCCAUCCAGUGCUGCGGAGAUGGCCCAGAUCAUCAAGAACCUGCACAAUGCGGACACCCUCUUUGCCAUCAAGAGUGGAGGACACAUGCCCAACAAUGGGUUUGCGAGUAUCCAGGACGGACUGCUGAUUUCGACUAAGAACCUGGACCAGGUUGACUAUAAUCCCAAGGACCACACUGCUAUUAUUGGUCCUGGUCUCACAUGGGAAGAGGCCCAGAAGGGUCUCGACGGAACUGGCCGGACUAUUGUUGGAGGCCGCAUGGGCGGAGUCGGAGUUGGUGGCUACAUGCUCGGCGGUGGCAUGAGCUUCCUGAGCACCCAGUACGGUUGGGCUGCGAACAACGUCAUAGAUUUCGAGGUUGUCCUGGCCAAUGGCACUAUUGUUCACGCCACCGAAACCCAACACCCAGAUCUCUUCAUGAGCUUGAAGGGAGGCGGUAACAACUUCGGAGUUGUUACUGCUUACACUAUGCAGACUCACCCUCAGGACCACAAGGUCUGGGGUGGUAAUUACAUCUUCACAUCUGAUAAGACUCCCCAGCUCUUGGAGGCUGUGCGCAAAUUCACCGACGAGUACCCCGAUGACAAGGGAGCCAUCAUCCUGACUGCCGAGCGCGGCCUGGUGAUUGACUUCUGGAUCAUGUUCCUUUUCUACGAUGGCCCCGAGCCCCCUGCGGGCGUCUUCGACGAGUUCACUGCCAUCCCACACACCUCGACCACCAAGACCUGGAACAGCUACUACGAUCUGCUUAAGAACAACGACUUCUUCAUUCUUCAGGGUCAACGCUAUGUCAUCGCCACCGAGACCACGCCCCUCCCCAAUUCAACCGUUGGUGCCGUGCCGCUCCAGGAAUACUACGACCACUGGAAGGAUGUUAGCAAAUCAGUUCUCGGAGUCGCUGGCGCCCUGGGCUCCAUCGCCUUCCAGCCGAUGCCCAAGACCUAUUCCGAGAAGGCCAAGGCCCGUGGCGGAGAUCUCAUGAGCAUCCCUGACGACCAGGCCUACAUCAUCAUCGAGCUGAAUUUCUCCUACGGAUUCGCGAUCGACGACAACAAGAUUGACGCAGCAACCGUCAAGCUGUACCAGGGCAUGGACAACCUUAUCCAGAAGAACAUCAAGAAGGGUCUUCUUCCGGACGUGUAUCGCCCAUUGUUCAUGAACGAUGCGUACCACCGCCAGGAUUACUGGGGUCGUAUCCACCCCGACUCCAAGGCGCUGGCACUGAAGACGCGCAAGGCGUAUGAUCCUCAAGGCUUCUUCCAGAAGCGGACCAGUGGUGGCUGGAGACUCAAGGAUUAA